GUUAGUGCAGGGAAAAAAACGUAGAAGAAGUGUGUGUCCUCCCAGCUGACAGUCCGCCAUGCUCAACCUGCUGCGUCACUGUGGUCGUAACGUACUGACAUUCAGGGCCAUUCAGACAGUUAAUAAAAGUUACUACAGCUCUCAGAUGGCUAAGCGCGUGGCUGUGGUUUUGGCGGGCUGCGGAGUUUAUGACGGUAGUGAGAUCCACGAGGCCUCCGCUGUUCUGGUCCAUCUGAGCAGAGGAGGUGCGACUGUAAACAUGUUUGCACCCAACAUGGAGCAGAUGCAUGUGGUGAAUCACCUGAAAGGCGAGCCGUCUGAGGAGAAGAGAAACGUGUUGGUGGAGAGCGCAAGGCUGGCCCGUGGAAACAUCCAAGACCUGUCUAAGCUCAGUGCCAAAGACCAUGACGCUAUAAUAUUACCAGGUGGCUUUGGGGCCGCAAAGAACCUCUGCACGUGGGCCGUGAAGGGGAAGGACUGCACCGUUAACGACGAGGUGAAGGCCGUGCUGCAGGCGUUUCACGCCGAGGGUAAACCCAUCGGCCUCUGCUGCAUCUCACCUGUCAUUGCUGCCAAGGUGUUUCCUGGCUGUGAGGUCACCGUCGGUAUUGAGAAGGAUGACAAGUAUCCCAACACUACCGACACCGCGGCGGCCAUCACCGAGCUGGGCUGCAAACACGUGAGUAAGAGCGUCAGCGAGAGCCACGUGGACGAGAAGAACAAGCUGGUCACCACCUCUGCGUUCAUGUGCGAAGCUCCGAUACACGAGAUAUAUGAUGGAAUUGGUACGAUGGUGCAGGACGUGUUGAAACUUGCUUGAAAUAGCUUAUACUCAAAAAUGUGUGGAAACGGAAAGAAAGAAAUGGUGGCUGUCGUUUUAGAGAGCUUAAGGGUAGCUGCCUGCUGAACUUGCUGACAGAAUAAUGAUACAGUUACUCCAGGAUUAAAAGCGCUUCCGAAUACGUUUGAAAUAUACACAUUUGUAGCAGGAAUUUGCACUAUAUGGGCUGAAUUUAUUUUAAAUAAAUUCUCUGUUUGGCGCAGUAGAUCAGUAUUAAGAAGUCAAUGCAAAUCACAUUUUCAACAGCAACUAAUGUAUUGUAAAGAAAAUGCAAUAAAAUUUUAAAAAGUCA